AUGAAGUUUACUAAAAAACACGAUGAAAUGCUUAAACAAGUUCCAUGGAUUUUUAUUAAAGCUAAAAAUAUUAAAACUGAUGAUUUAAUAGAAGAUAAAGAACAAAAGGUUGCUGAUGAUAUUGUAGUAUUACUUGUAAAAUCUGUAUUCACAAAGAAUUCGUAUAUUAUACUUUUUACUGAUUUAAAAAAUGUUUGGUUCGAGGAAUUAUUUUCUGAUGAAAUUAAACAAAGGUUUCAGGAAAAAUCUAUAAGAAACUUCGGAUUAAUCGAUUUGACAUGGAAAUUUAAAUGUAAAUCUAUUACAUCAACAUCUCCUCCUUCAUCUCCAAAUUUAAAUUCAACUUUAAAAUCAGAUUCAUCCUCAAACUCAACAUCGGAUUUAAAGUCAAGUUCAACAUCUUCAAUAAUUGAUGCAUCAACAAUUUUAUAUAAUCAUAUUAUUUUACCUCAAAUGAUGGUUAUUUGUUCAUUUAAUCAACUAAUCAAUUCAUCGUCAUCGUCAUUGUCAUUCUCUGAUAACAAAGAUAACAGCAAAAAUAACAGCAAAAAUAAUAACAAAUCUGAUCCUAAUAAAGAAAUUGAAAAGGUAACAAAUAUCGAAAAAUAUCAUAUUAGUAAUGAUAUUUGUGAUGAAAAUAGUAAAGACCUAUUAAAUAUAUUAGGAGAUUCGAAUAUUUUAAAUUUAUUAAACUUUUCAACAAAAAAUUUUAUUAAUUCUCAAGCAUCAACAACUACUAAUAAUAAAAAACAUAUCACAAAUGAAAUUGAUAAAAGACAACAAUUAAAAGAAUUAAUUCUAAAGAAAUCAUGGCACAGAGCUAAACAUCCUAUGAACAAGGCAACAAUCACAACAGCAAUCUUCUGGCAAUUUGCAUGGUCCAAGAGACAGGGAUUGGAAGAAAAAAAGAAUGAUGCUAAGAAGAUUUUGAAACAAUUUAAGUCAUGGUAG